AUGGAAGAGAGAAAAGAAAGGAGAAUAAUCAUGUUCCCUUUACCGUUUCUAGGACACUUCAACCCUAUGAUCAAACUCGCCGGAAUAUUCCACCGCAGUGGCUUCUCCGUCACGAUACUCCACACCUCCUUUAACCCUCCCGAUCCUUCUCUCUAUCCAGAGUUCACUUUUCGAACCAUCCAUCACAACAACGAAGGAGAAGAAGAGGACCCUCUUGCUCAACCAGAGGCUUCCGGUAUGGACCUCGUCGCUUUCAUUCGUCUGCUGAGACAAACUUACGCCGAGCCGUUUCGUGAGUCUCUGACGGCGCAAGUAGGCGGAGGAGAGAAGGUGUGUUGUUUGGUCUCCGACGUUGUUUGGGGUAAGAACACGGAGGAUGCGGCCGAGGAGGUUGGGAUUCGUAGGAUGGUGUUGAGCACCAGUGGUGCGGCGUCGUUUUGUGCUUAUGCCGCUUACCCUCUCCUUAGAGAUAAGCAUUACCUCCCUAUACAAGAUUCUAGAUUAGAUGAGCCGGUGACAGAGCUUACACCUUUGAAAGUGAAGGAUCUUCCGGUGAUGGAAACGAAUGAGCCGGAGGAACUAUUCCGAGUAGUCAACAACAUGGUGAAAGGAGCCAAGUCUUCUUCAGGAAUCAUAUGGAACACAUUCGAAGAUCUUGAAAGACCCUCGCUUAUGGCUUUGAACAGCGAGUUACAAGUUCCGAUAUUCCUGAUUGGACCGUUUCACAAACAUACCGACAGCUUUCUGCCAACGACAAAGAGCAAAGAAGACCAUGUAACAACCGAUUGGCUCGACAAGCAAGACCCGAAGUCUGUGAUCUAUGUGAGUUUUGGAAGCCUUGCGGAUAUAGAGGAGAAGGAGUUUCUCGAGAUUGCUUGGGGUCUAAGAAACAGCCAACGACCAUUCUUGUGGGUGGUUAGGCCAGGGCUAGUAAGGGGGACGGAGUGGCUUGAGUCAUUGUCUCGGGAGUUUAUAGAUAACAUUAGUCGUAAAGGAAAAAUUGUGAAAUGGGUGAAUCAGUUAGAAGUUUUGGCGCAUCCUGCGGUGGGAGCGUUUUGGACGCAUUGUGGAUGGAACUCGACACUAGAGAGCAUAUGUGAAGGUGUUCCAAUGAUAUGUACGCCUUGUUUCACGGACCAGCGUGUGAAUGCAAGGUACAUUGUUGAUGUAUGGCAAGCCGGGGUGAUGUUAGAGAGAAGUAAGAUGGAUAGGAAGGAGAUUGAGAAGGUAAUAAGAAGUGUAAUAAUAGAGGAAGGAGAUGGACUGACAGAGAUGUGUUUGAAGUGGAAAGAGCGAGCUAAAGUUUGCUUAAGUAAAGAUGGCUCUUCUUCCAGGUAUUUAGAAAAACUCGUGACUCAUGUCCUGUCUAUCGAUUCAAAUGCUUGUGCAAGUUAGAAAAAAUUACAAAGGAGCAAUGUUGUAAAAGAAAUCAUCAAACAGACUUUUGAAAUGUUCUUUUUUUUUUCUUAAAUUAAAAAUGUUGGUUGUUUGUGUAUUAUUAUUAACUUUUUUUAUCU